UAGGCUCUCCGCGCCGGCGCCUCGCGUUGCCCGGGUCACGUGGGAUUGAGGCCGGCGGAGCUGAGGGGAGGGGAGCGGAGCCGCGCGGCCGGAGGCUGAGGGGCGGUGGCAGCGACACGAUGGGGCAGUGCGGGAUCACCUCCUCCAAAACCGUCCUGGUCUUCCUCAACCUCAUCUUCUGGGCAGCAGCAGGCAUACUGUGCUACGUGGGAGCCUAUGUGUUCAUCACAUAUGAUGACUAUGAUCACUUCUUUGAAGAUGUCUACACGCUCAUUCCAGCAGUUAUUAUCAUAGCUGUGGGAACACUUCUUUUUAUUAUUGGACUUAUUGGAUGCUGUGCCACAAUUCGCGAAAGUCGCUGUGGACUCGCUACGUUUGUGAUCAUCCUGCUCCUGGUUUUCAUUACUGAAGUUGUGGUGGUGGUUCUUGGAUACAUCUACAGAGCAAAGGUGGAAGAUGAAGUUGAUCAUAGCAUUCAAAAGGUAUACAAUGGAUACAAUGGGACAAAUCCUGAUGCAGCCAGUCGUGCUAUUGACUAUGUACAGAGGCAGCUGCGCUGUUGUGGGAUCCAUAACUACACAGACUGGGAGAAUACUGUCUGGUUUAAACAAACUAAGAACAACAGCGUACCACUUAGCUGUUGCAAAGCAACUCUCAGCAAUUGUACUGGCAGUUUGACCCGUCCAAUGGACCUUUAUUCUGAGGGCUGUGAGGCUCUGGUUGUAAAGAAGCUUCAAGAGAUAAUGAUGUAUGUCAUCUGGGCAGCACUAGCAUUUGCUGCUAUUCAGCUUCUGGGCAUGCUGUGUGCCUGUAUAGUAUUAUGUAGAAGGAGUCGGGAUCCUGCUUACGAACUUCUCAUCACUGGUGGAACCUAUGCCUAGAAGACAAUGUGAACAACGUGGUUCAAUCUUAUCUCACUUGUGUGGAAGGUGAAUGGGCCAGGUCUACUGCAAUAGUUUUCUUGUCCUAAGCUUAGUCAGAGCACACCUUUCACAGAUAAGAAGAGCUGUACUGUACACUGGUGACGGGCAAAGCAACUCAGCUUUACACACACCCAUAUAUACCUGUGACUUUCACUGUUCUAGCCAGCAAGUCAUGUAUCUAAAUGUUUUAGUAUACUAGUAAACUUUCUGAUUUCAAAACUAUUUGCAAGUUAAGUGUAAAUUGGCUGAUGUGGAAGUCAAAGGAUGUGUGCCUACUUUGGUAGAUUACCUCUAAGCAUUAACUGACUGAUUCUUGCAUAGAGAGAUAAUUUGUUAAACCUUCACUACAUGGAACUUUUUUGGCCAAAGUUGUACAAAGGAAGCCAGCUGUAUUUAAUUUGAGAAGUAUUUUAGUCUUGCCCCUCACCAGUGUCACUUUUUAAAAAACACUUAAGUGAAGUCCAGUACUCUUUAUAUAUAAAUAGUAAAACAAAAACUAACCAAAAUCUUAGGAUCAUGCGACUGCAGUUUCGACCUUCAGAGAUCAAACCUUUCAAGCAUUAGUGUUUUAAAAUACAAGCUGGCUUUUCAGGAGUAUAAUGUAUGCACUACUGUUCUAUAAUGAAAUAUUUCAUUUUUCUAUGAGGAGCGGUUUUAUGUGUUGAGUGAACUGUUAGAGUGUAGCUCUUAAACUGGUUUGGAAAUAAUGUAGCCAUGUAGAGUAGCAACGUAGUAUGUGAAAGUGAUCUCAACUGUAAAUAGUAAACCUGAUUAAAUAAAUCUCUGUAUAUCCGCCCUAUAA